AGUUUGCGCCUCGUCGGUGGAAGAACUCCUUAUGAAGGACGUAUUGAAAUUUAUUACAAAGGAACGUGGGGAACAAUCUGUGGUAAAGGCUUUGGCCAAAAUGAAGCGGACGUAGUUUGUCGACAACUUGGAUAUGAGAAAGCAGAUUUUUGCUGUUCAGAUUAUUCUAUCGGGCAAGGAAUAAUUUGGCUAUAUUGGAUCGCUUGUCCUACUGGUCGUGAAAGCCAUAUUUUGGAAUGCAAUCACAGUAACUGGGGUCACAAUUUCUAUUGCACCUGUCCACAUACAGAGGACAUCGGAGUUACAUGUAUAGGUAACAUGUUUUAA